AUGACUACUAAGACAUAUGCUGCUUCUCAGACAUCAAGAACGAAAUCCUUAUCAAAUCCGUAUUACACAUAUACAUCUGAUACUACAUCAUCUGUUCAUACUCAUGUCUCUUCACUCAUCGUGGAUUCUAGUUCUGAUAUAUCUGAAAUAAAUAACCACAUUUCACAAGUUCAAGAAACUACAAAAGAUCAAAAAACUGAAGGCUGUGAUUCAUAUUAUUCUUCUAGGACUCAACCUCAGUGUAUUGGUAAUGACUGUAACACGGAGUCAUCUGGAGGCCUUUUGUACACAACUGGAAAAUAUGAUUCUUCCUUAGGCGAUAUGUCUUCUGAAACAACACCAAUCUUUGAAGCAAUCGAAAGCUCGACUUUUACUAUCCCAACAGAUUUCACUGAUUCAAAAAUAAUUCCAACAUCUACUGUUCUAUCUAAUACAGAUUAUAUUUCUACAAUAAUCACAAGCACGACUUCGGCUCACAUUUCUGUUACACCUUCGACUGAAUCUUAUUCUUCAACUCAAUCGUUAAAAAGUUCUGAUUCAUUAGGAGCGAAUGUUAAUGGGAAAUCCAGUCUUUCGACUAGGGAUUUAUCUACAGUUAUUCCAACGCAGUUAAGUUCGGAAACUAGUAGAAAUCCCUUAUUAAAGGAGUCAGAUAAUAUUAACUCAUUGGUUUCAACAAAAUACAUUAGUUCUCCGUCUAGUACUACCUCAUCUUUGACAUCAAAUCAAUAUAUAUUACCCUCUGAAGAAAGCACGAAAAGUAUAGAUGACUAUUAUACUUUUGAAGGCCGUGGUACUUUAACUAUGAUAAACUUUAGUGUAUUUGGUUUAACUUUCAUGGCAGUAAUAAUUAUAUUGUUUUAG